AUGUGGCAUGCUGAGAAGAUUUUCAUCUGCAUGGCUUGUCGCAUUUCAUGCCACAAGAAGUGCCACGCCAAGAUCACACAGCAAUGUUCGAUGAUGGUCGCGCCAAGUUUGACCAGUGGGUCUGGAGGACGAUUCUUCGGAGCAGUACUGGCCAGCCUGGUAGAUGAAGAUCACGUCGUUCCACCGCUUGUGGACCGUCUCUUCAUGAAUGUCGAGACAAGGGCGCUUUUCGUCGAAGGGGUCUAUAGAAAGAGUGGAUCGUUAGCACAAGUACGAAGUAUACGACGAGUUAUAGAAACCGCACCAGAUUUCGAUUCUGUCUCUUUGGAAGACGUACAGGUUCAUGUGCUGACGACGCUCGUAAAAGCAUUUCUAAGGGAAAUGCCUGAACCGCUGAUCACGUUCGACCUCUACGAGAACUUCCUCAACGUUUCCGAGGUGGACGAUCUGAUAGAGCGCGGAAGGUGUCUAGCGGUGAUGAUCGAUCUGCUUCCAAAGACGAAUCGUGGUCUGCUGGAUCGAUUGAUGUUCCACUUAGCCCGAGUGGCUCAUCAGGAAGCCGUCAAUAAAAUGGGACCCUCAAAUCUUGCCCUUAUCUUCGGCCCGUGUAUAUUGAGGAGGCAGGACAAUGUGCACGCUCAGGAGCAGCUCAAUGAUGUGUCAAGGCAGGCGAUUUGUGUUCAAACGUUGAUCGAGGAAAAACUUCGGCAGUACAAAGCGACUCUCAUCAAUAUUGUUGAGUUGGAGGAUGCUAGUCAGAAGGUUAGUGCAAAUCUGCGUCGAAUAGAGGAGCAUCAGCGGCUUGACGAAGCGGUGGAGAACAUCGGAACUGCCAAGCAACUUUUCGAGGAACAACUGGAUUUCCUUGGCAGACAAAAGGAACGAUUACUACAAGAGUUGCCUCCUUUGGCACCAGUUGCUUCUUCAGAAGACCUCUCAUCGUCAGAUGAACACUCUUCAGGUAUUACACGGGAAGAAUAUGCGAUCGAUAUGGAUGCACCACCAGUUUUCGGAGUGCUCUAUCACGCGUGCAAAUAUCGAGCACCUCCUCCGAAAGGCAGGAAACUUCCAUCACGGUUUCGACAUUCUCCAGUAGUUUUCUACACUCCAUUACCCGAUUAG